AUGGACCGCUACGUGAGGUACCACGUGAGGGAGUUCGAGAGGGCCUUCGCCCUCAAGUUCCCGGCCUGCUCCAUCUCCGUCAAGCGCCACGUCGACCAGAGCACCACCAUCCUCGACGUCUCCGGCGUGGGCUACAAGAACUUCAACAAGGCUGCGAGGGAUCUCAUCGGGCAGCUCCAGAAGAUCGACGGGGAUAACUACCCUGAGACCCUGUGCCGGAUGUUCAUCAUCAACGCCGGUCAGGGAUUCAGGCUCCUGUGGAACACCGUCAAGUCCUUCCUUGACCCCAAGACCACAGCCAAGAUCCAUGUUCUCGGCAACAAGUACCAGAGCAAGUUGCUGGAAGUUAUUGAUCCCAGUGAAUUGCCCGAGUUCCUCGGGGGCACUUGCGUAUGCGAAGGCGGAGGUUGCAUGCGCUCCGACAAAGGACCGUGGAAGGACCCUGAAAUCAUAAAGAUGGUGCAAUGUGGCUUGGGGAGAUGCGGAAUGAACAACUCGGACCCUGCCAGCGCCGAGGAGAAGACUAUCACCGAGGACGAUGCUGCACCGCCUUUGCAGAAGCAAGAGUCGAUGCGCCGUGACGCCACCGACUCUCCCAAGGCGGCGCACGACAAGAUCGAACACCCGCCGCAUAUGGCUCCCCUCCCUGAGGUGCCAAACGAAGAGGCCAAGGAUUCGCAAGGUGCUCCUUCCGGUAAAGAGGGGGGCUCCGCGCCCUACGACGAUCUCUUCCCCAUGGCGGACAAGGGCAUGGAUUUCAACUGGAACGGCGAGAUGAGCGCGGAGAAGCUCGCCAUCGCGAGAGAUAUGUACGCGUCGCUGCCGGACGCGUACAAGCACGGCGACGCCGGGGACCGGCAGGUGGUGACGGGGUUCAUGGCGUUCGUGAUGGGGGUGGUGGCCAUGUUCCGGGUGGGCAAGAUCGCGCCGAAGCGCGCCAUGGACGCGGCCAUGGGCAUCGCCACCAUGGAGGCCAUGGCCAAGAACCGCAAGCUCCUGCAGGCCCAGGGGCAGGGCGGCGCCGGGGGACCGGUCGUGGUGGCGGGCGUGUCGACGGCGCAGUUCGAUGCGCUGGCGAAGCGGGUGGGCGAGCUGGAGGAGAAGGUGGCCGCCCUCGGCUCGCGUGCCCCCGAGAUGCCCGCCGACAAGGCCGAGCAGCUCGCCGCCGCCGCCACCCGGCUCGACACCCUCGAGGCCGAGCUCGAGUCCACCAAGAAGCUUCUGGAGACGUCGAAGGGGCAGCAGGAGGAGGUGCUGGCCUACAUCGAGAAGAAGAAGAAAAAGAAGGGGAUGGUAAGGCCCCGCACAUUUUGA